AUGUCACGUAAAUCAGGAAGAAGAGGAUAUAAUUCAGAUACUACUACUUCCAGCCAUCGGGGAGGUGGAGGUGGAGGAAGAGAACGACAAGAAGAAGAUAUUGUUGAUUUGGAAGAAGAAGAGGAAGAGGAAGAAGAAGAAGAAUUGAUUGAAGACGGAGAAGAAGAUGAGAUCACUCGUUGUAUUUGUGGACAAGAUGAAUUAACCAACGAUUCCAUUAAUCCUGAAUUAUCGACUUUUUUGAAAAAAACAUACAAAAUAGAAAUAGAUCAAGGUUUGUUUAUUCAAUGUGAAAAAUGCUCGGUUUGGCAACACGGGUAUUGUGUGGGAUUAUUUGAGAGCCAAGACGUACCCGAUGAAUAUUGGUGUGAGUCAUGUAAACCAGAGUUUCAUAUCCUUGUGAAUAACGAUGGAUAUUCCAAAAGAACCUUGUAUAAACCAGUUAACGAUAAAAGGAAGAAACUUGAGCAAAUGACUUUUAAGAACAAUGAAACAAGCCACAACAGUACGAGGAGAAGAGGAGUUAAAAAUGAACGGAACGUACCACAACAGGAAAUAAUGUCAAAUACUAAAGAUAAACGCAAGGAGCGAAGACACCAUCACCACCACCAUAAUAUUGAUGAGGAUGAUGACGAAUACAAUGAGCAAUUGAAAAGAGCAUUGAGAGAAAGUGCCCGAGAAUCAGGAGUCAAAUUAAGUGAAUCAGAGUCAAAUGAAAAAGGUAAUGGGAAUUCGGUUAAGAGGGAAGAUAACAAAAGUGAUGGGAAUAACAGUAGUGGCAGAGAAAGUUCAAGAGGUAAUGGAUCAGGAUCAAGGAAAAGAGAAACUAGUCGGAGAGAUGAUGAUAGUAAUGACUCAAAACGUCUUAAAGUUGAGCGAUUAGAUCAUCCUAGUGGUUCAGAAUUGAAUGAAAAUUCAGAGCAAGAACUUAUGUCUGGAAGUGAAGAAUCAAGAAGUAGAAGAAGAGGUGGUGCUACUUCAAAAACUGCCAGGCAGAAGAAGAAGAAGAGUACACCACCAAGACUGUCAGCGAACAAUAAUAACAAAAAACAAGAUGAUUCAUCUAAUGAAACCAAUUCAUUGGGACCAACUAAAGAAGAAUUGAUUCAACAACCAUCAAAACCUCGUUAUGUAAAUGAUAAAUCUUCGAUUUUUGAAUUACGGAAAAGAACAAUAGCAAUAUUAGAAUGGCUUGGACGAUCUCAAGUAGAACUUCAAGAAGAAAAACAACAAAAACUAGAAUUAUUUUCAUUUAUUAGUGAUGAUGAUGAGAAAGAAGGGUCAACAAAUUCCAAAGAAAACGUUAAUUCUAAUGCUGAUACUCUUGCAUUAAAAGAAACAUUUGAUGAGAAUUUGCUACUAAUGGAACAACUUACAGAACGAAUUUUAGCAUGGCAAGAUACAUUUGGUAAAUAUGCUGUUUGA